GUUUAUAUACAUACACGAUUAACUUCCAGUUGAACAUAUAUAUGUCUGAAAAUUGUUCUUUAAAAUUGUGUCACCGGAUAAAAUGAUAAGAAAUAAAAUAAUAUUAACAUAUAUUUUAUACAGUCACAAUGUAUUCAUUGCCUAUUAAAUGUGUUGUUGUUGGAGACGGUUGUGUCGGAAAAACAUGUUUACUAAUGUCUUAUACACAAGAUGCAUUUCCUGGAGAAUAUAUACCUACAGUGUUUGAAAACUAUCAGGCCAAUGUGAGGGUAGAUGGACGUGUAUGCUGUAUAAGCCUAUGGGAUACAGCCGGACAGCACGAGUAUGAUCGACUCAGACCAUUGUCUUACCCACAAACAGAUGUCUUUCUGGUAUGUUUUUCUCUGGAUUCAAAGGAUAGUUAUGACAAUGUUACACAACAGUGGCAUCCAGAAAUACGGCACCAUUGUAAAGAUACGCCGAUCAUAUUAGUUGGAACAAAAAAGGACUUGCGAGAUUCUAGGGAAGAAGAUGAAAAGUCGAGGAAAUUAAUAACAUUGACUGAGGGUAGAAGUUUGGCACAACAGAUAAAAGCUGUCAAGUAUGUUGAAUGUUCGGCGAAAUCGGGGGAGAAUAUCAAAUUUGUGUUUGAUGAGGUAAUACGAGCCUGUUUUGUUGAACAAAAACAAGCAAAUAAAGACACUGAGUGUAUUGUUGUAUGAAGUUUUAGAAAAACAUUAUUUGUGAGUAAUAUCAACGUAAACAUGUAUAUGAAAUAGUACAAUAAGCUGUUAUUAAUGUCAUCUAGGAACUUAACUCAUUUGACCACCAUGUAAUUUUAGCAAUUAGAUGAUGCGAGGGACAUAACGAAACAAACAUUGUGUCGCGCAUGUACGUAUUCGUAGAGUUUCAAAAGUCAAAUAGUAAAAUCAUAACAUUCUGAACACCUCACCGGUUACCAAUAGCCGUCGGAUUUGAAAGAAUUCUUUUAAGGUUAACAAAGGAAAAAUGUGCGCUAUUUGCAAUAAUGCAAAUUUGACAUCCGUAAAAAUAAAGACAUGUUGGUAAUGAUUGAAAAAUAUACAUGACAAUAAUAAUGAAUUAUAGAUUAUCGCUUGGGUAUUGUAUUAAAAUCAUUUCCGAAAUACUGCUAAAGAGAUAUGGUGUUGCUACUUGUGAUUUGUUGAA